CAGCAAGCGGCGGAGGUUCGCCUCCGCUUCCCCACCGCGCAGGAGCCGCGGACGCAGAGCUGCGGCGCGGCCAGAAGGGGUCGCUGUUCGCCCGGAGCAGCCGCCCCGCAGCCGCCGUCGCCGCCCGCACCUCCCACGGCCCCGCUGGCCCAGCCCCGCCAAGUUCCAACAGCCCCCAGUCGAGUGAGAGCCGGGAACGAGCACCGCCCGGGCUGGAGCGGACGGCGCAGACCAGCCCGGCCGCGGCGCGCUUCGGAAAGGCUCCUAGGAAACUCCCACGGUCCGAGCACUUUGAAAGAAGAGCGAGCGAGCAGCCCCGUGCGCGCAGCAGUGCAAGUGAGCGCUCAGCUCGGCACCUGUUCCUCUCGCCCCGCGCCUCCCCGCGCGCCCGCCCGCCCGCUCCUGCGAUGAACCCGGCGCUGGGCAACCAGACCGACGUAGCGGGCCUCUUCCUGGCCAACAGCAGCGAGGCCCUGGAGCGCGCCGUACGCUGCUGCACCCAGGCUUCCGUGGUGACCGACGACGGCUUCGCCGAGGGGGGCCCGGACGAGCGCAGCCUGUACAUCAUGCGCGUGGUGCAGAUCGCCGUCAUGUGCGUGCUGUCUCUCACCGUCGUCUUCGGCAUCUUUUUCCUCGGCUGCAACCUCCUCAUCAAGUCCGAGGGUAUGAUCAACUUCCUGGUGAAGGACCGGAGACCGUCCAAGGAGGUGGAGGCGGUGGUCGUGGGGCCCUACUGAGCGGCCCUCCCGCCCCAGGCCUCCCCACGUCGCCAGCCCGGCCGCGCCCCCUCACCAUCCGAGAAUGGGCGAAGCAAACCUGUCGGAGUCCGUUCCUUCCCUCGACUCUGCCUUUCGGGAUGCAGCGACCCGUUUCCCGCUCUCCCUCUGAAAGUCCCCGCGCCUGGCUGUAGGAGGAGAGCUCCCUGGCUCUGGACUCAGAGCCACUGGCACAAGGAGGGCGAUUCGGGCUCAGAACUUCGGAAGCUGCCGCCAGCGUGGGAUGUGGGGAGACGGACGAAGCGAAGGCCCUUCUCCACCCGCAGGUGGGCCAAGCCCUGGGGGCUGGUGGAGAGGGCGGGCAGGGGAGAGGGCCGGUGGCACUGACUGCCCGGUGGCCGUAAAAGUGACCCGGGUAUACAUCAUGCUCCAGAACUAAUGGGGACACACACAUCCGUGUCCGGAUUCGCGCUCAUUCCCUCCUGCCCCUCCCAGCCCCGGCGAGAGAGGCAAUAAUUCCUUUGAUUGAUUGUAACGUGCCGUUUUAAGGGAUUUUGUGUUUGUUUGCUUGAAUACAAAUAUUUGAUAAGUCCUUUUCUGCUCUAGUGGCCUGUUUGCCUGCCUGGGGGGUUAGAGUUUUGUCGUGGGACGAGGGGUGGGGGGAGGGGGAGCCUGCGAAUGUGAACCGGGUGAAUUGUUCUUUUGCAUUUCCAACUGGAUCUUGGGGGCUAGGGGGGCUAACGCCCCAGCUGGCCCCCCGGGCAAAGACCCAAAAUAGAACUCGUAGCUUGCGUGACUGCACGGUUUACGCCACAAAAGUGCUCUUGACAUUCAUGACACCGUUUUGACUUUUUUUUUCUUCUUCUUGUUUAACAUUUCCUUAAUAAAUGCAACGUUUAAGCGUUU